UGCGAACGUUUAUCGAGGCGCGGAGAGCGCAGUUUAUAAGUUUUCUGCGCUACGCCGUCGCGCAGUACCGAUCCGGCCGCCAGCGAGUUUAGUGUGCACCACAGACGUGUGUAUAAUAUCAUAUAGUCAACGGAGUCGGCGGAGAUCGCUUUAUUUUAAACUUUCGAUCGAACAGCAACAAGUGCGAUCGUUAACGAACGACAAUAAAAAAAAAAAGUUAGCAGCCCAACAAGAUGCACGGCCGAGUGAAGGUACGCACGACCGAGGAGAAGGAGAGGAUAAUGCGCGCCGAGAAGCAGAAGAAGGCGCGCGAGUUCAAGGACUGCUACCUGCUCGCGAUGAAGAUGAGGAAGGCCGGCGAGCUCGACGACCAGCUCGCCGACAUCACCAAGAAGAUGCUCUAUCAUCAUCCGGACGUGUACACGCUGUGGAACGUCAGGCGGGAGAUACUGCUGAGCGACAGGCUGAGCUCCAGCGGCGAGGAGCUGCUGGAGAAGGCACUGGAGGACGAGCUGGCUCUGACCGAGGCCUGCCUGAGGGAGAAUCCAAAGUCCUAUUGCGUCUGGCAUCAGAGAGAGUGGGUGAUCGAGCGCAUUAAGGAGCCCAACUGGAAGAAGGAGCUGGCCCUGUGUCAGAAGUGCCUCGAGCUGGACGAGAGGAACUUUCACUGCUGGGAUUACAGGAGAUUCGUGGCUAAGAAGGCAGAGCUCACGCCGCAGGACGAGCUGAACUUUACCACCAACAAAAUUGAGAACAACUUUUCUAAUUACUCCUCUUGGCAUUAUAGAAGCAAGCUGUUGGAGCAGUUGCACGGCAAUCGAUUGGGCGAUGCUGCCAAUCAACAGGUGUACAAUAACGAAAUUGAUCUGGUGAUGAACGCUACUUUCACGGAUCCAAGCGACACGAGUACUUGGUUCUAUCAGAGAUGGCUGUUGAAUUAUUGGAAAUCACCGCCACAACUGUGGUGCAUAAGGCUGCACAAAAAUUUCAUCACAGUUGUAUUUCAUAAACAAGUGUCGAGCUCUAGCUUAAAACUGUUAUUUAAAGAUAAGCAGGAUGACAAUUGUCAGUGGAGCUGGCAAUCAGCUAAUGGUAAAAUGUACUCUCCAACAUGGUUUGUUGAUCUUGGUGAUUUGAAACCAGAAAAUUUGGACAACUUUAUUGUUGAAUUUGAAGGAAAAUCAUAUUCGACAUCAGAUGAAAAAACAUUACCAGAUAGUCGUGAUGUUUCAAAAUUAGAAGAACAAUUGAGUAAUUACAAAGAAUUAAUAGAGCUGGAACCUUCAAACAAGUGGGCCAAGCUGACAGUGGCACAACUGAUGUUAGAUCUGGAUGAAAACAGUAAUUACUCUUCAAUCAUCUCAAUAUUGGAAGAAUUAAUUCAAGUUGAUCCACUGCGCUCUAACUAUUACAAAGAUAUGUUGAGCAAAUGUAAAGUUAAACAUAAAUUAAACUCCAUAAUUAGUGAUCCUUAUGGCUACGAUAAAGACACAGCCAUUGAUUUAUCAAAUUUAGACUUAACAACACUGGGUGGCUGUGAGUCAUAUUUGACUUUUUGUUCUAAAAUAAAUUUACAAUGUAAUUUGCUCAGCAACGAAGUGCUGUAUCAGCUUUAUUGUUUGCAACAGUGCAAGUCGCUUAACUUAUCGAAAAACAAUCUAACGUCUUUAAAAUCUUUUCCAAUCUUACAUAAUUUGGAAAAUUUAGUGCUGUAUCCAAAUGAAAUAACAGACUUCGAAGCGUCUGAUAUUUUGAAGAAACAUGCUGCCAAAAAACUGGUUAUCGCAGGAAAUUGCGACGAGGAAUUAGCAAAAAACGAAAUGAAAAAAUAAUAUUGUUUAAAUUGUUCGAAAAAUUGUUUAAGAAAGAAAAUUAAUAAAAAUGUUAUCACACUUACAAUCCGAUUUUGUUUCGUCAUUGUCACCUAAGAUUAUACAAUUUUACGCCCAAAAUGGUACAUGGUUUAUCUUCCUUCAUUAUUGCUACAAUUUUUCUAUUGACAAGAGUCAAAUUAAAACCUUUUUUAGAUUUAUUUCCGAUUAUUUAUUUUCUAGGGAGGAUACACCUUAAAAAAUAUUCAUUCUCAAUAUACGUUUCACUAGAACAUACAACAUUUUAUAUAACAAUCAAAUACAUUUCGUAUUAAAUAUUACACUAAAUACCUAUGCUCGCGACUGCUGUGUUUACAAUCGGCUACGAACCUCCCCUGUGUUUUCAAUAUUUUCGUGCACGAGUCACUGCUGCUUUAUCAAAGCGCGUCAAAAAUGUCACGAGUAAAAUAUAUUUUGAUUCUAACGAUUACCGCUACGAGGCUCAAUACGUAACAAAGCUACAUUCGCGCAAGAGAAAAAUAUCUUUUUCGUUCAUAAGUAUAAUCCUCUUCACUCAGUAGUCAACGUACUGGGUAGUCUGAAAUUCGUAAAUCGAUUACGAACAAGAAAAAAACCGUUGAAUUAUCUCGUACUCUUACCUGCGUAAAUUGAAUUUUUAUCACUAUCAAUAAAAAUUGUCUCACCCUUUAUAAGAUCUAUUAUCGUUAUGAAACUACAAAUAACGUGAAUCAUUCGGAAAUAACUGCGUUGACACUGACGUAAGGUAAAUGUUAGGCACGCGCACGUGACGUUUUUCCCCUGUGUAUGCGUCAAAUCUGUCUCUACAUUUCCUCAAAAAUGUGUGUCCCACGUAACGAUAUAUAUCAAAUCUGAUCAUCAUCUUUUAAGAAUCAAGACCUACUUUUUAUUGCACCCCACAUAGAUUCAGACUUAAAGAACGUCAUAAAGGCCUGCGAUCAUUAUCAAUUAUAAAAACGCGACUCGGGCAUGUAAUUGAGUUCAUUAUUCUAAAAAUGUAACUCGUCCGUCAUCGUUUACCGCGUUAUUGUGUGUUGGCGGUGUGAUUCACGAUCGUUAUCAGUCCGCCCUC